AUGAUUGCAUUUCAAGAAAUGCUUCGGUUAUUAUCAGUUCAUCCAUUUGGAAAUAAAGAAGAAAUUUUAACUAAAUCAAAUGAAUUUCUAUCAAAAUUAGAAAUUGCAGAAAAGAAAUUUGUUGAAUUACAAAAAGUGAUAUAUGAAGAUAUCGAUGAUGAUGAAAAUCAAUUACCAAUAACUCAACAACAACUCCAAUCAAAGAUGACUGAGAUAUAUUACUUUUUAGAUGAAUUAAAAAAAGUACAAAAAGAACUUAAAGAAUUAAAUGUUAUAAAAGAAAAAUAA